GCUGCGAAGAAGUGCCGUUCUGCGCGGCCUCCGAGUUGGAUGGGGGGGGGGAGAGCCGCCAUUUUCUCGCGAUGGGCUCCUCCAAGCGGCACCGCGACCGCAGCGAGGCCUCCGAGGACACCGCGCCGCCCGCGGCCUCCUCUUCCUCGGCGGCCGGCGCCGCCUCCUCCUCCUCCUCCUCCUCGUCCCGCCACCGCGAGCACAAGAAGCACAAGCACCGCGCGGGCGGCGGAGGCGGCAGCGAGCGGCGGAGCAAGCGGAGCCGGAGCCGGGGCGAACGGAGCGGGCGGCGGGGCGGCGGCGGCGGCGAUGAGGCCUCUUUCUCCGCCCGGGGCAGCCGCAGCAGCGCCGUCGCCGGGCAGGACGGCGAGACGGGGCGGCGGAGCCAGAGGGAGAAGCGGGACGAGACUCACGAGGGCGCCCAGGCCGCAGCUGCUAGCUCCAAGUCUUCCUCCGGAGGAGACGCUUCCCUCAGCAUUGAGGAGACAAAUAAACUUCGAGCCAAACUUGGGUUGAAGCCUCUGGAGAUCAACACAGUCAAAAAGGAGACUGGCAGCAAAGAGGACCCGGUGGCUGCAGAGGUCAUCAAUCCGAUCGCCCUCAGGCAGCGAGAGGAGAUCCGGGAGAAAUUGGCAGCCGCCAAGGAGAAGCGGCUCUUAAAUCAGAAACUUGGGUACCCUUUUGACUCUUCGCUAUUUUGACUUCUGAAAUAAAUUGCAGGCAG